CCACCCUUAUUGCACAGCCCAAUGCGAUUAUUAUGAUCACUAUCCGGCUUAUGACGAGACGCCUCUCUACUAUCUUCCACCUCCCGGUUUAUAUGAUGUUAUGCCUCCACCCGAGCUGACUCGGGCCCCUCCAACCGAAUUAGAAAAGAUCGUGGCAAAAUUGGAGGAGGACGCUCAAUCCCUUCGUGCUUCAUUGGCCUCCCUAUCUGAAAAAGAAGAAAUCGAAUCCUUCACUUCUCCCUCUCCGGCAUUUGAGCACCCAUCGGUUGGCCAACCUCGUUCAUCUAGUCUUGGAGCUUCAUUUCAUUCCGAGGUUGGGCCGAUCGAUCGUCACCAAGAAGUUUUUGCGAGAACUCAAGACGCACUCGCGAGCCUCGCGUCGAUCAUCGAGGAGUUCAAUAGUUGGAGGUGCAUCCCGAUUCCUUCCGCUCUCCGUGCUACACUUGAGAAGUUCGACUCCACCGUGGUGUCUUUCCUCGACUUGGAUUCAUCUUCCAUUCCGCUCGGUAGAUAUUCUACUCUAUCGGCGAAGCUUAUUCGAGAGAGCACUCGAUUAGAGAGCGAAUUUCGAGGUAUGGUGGAUCGUUUUGUUUCCUUGAAAGAGAAGGGCCUCACUCUCGUUUUUAUAAGUGGUCUAAGUGAAGAAUUACAAUCAUUCAUCCACAUGUUCAAUCCCAGAACUCUGCAGCAAACAAUUGAGUUGGGGCAGAAACAGCUGCACACAUUGGAGGCAAUCACUAAAAAGAUCAAAGGAAACUAUAAACCCUUCACACCUUCCCCACAGACAACUAACACCAGAAAUUUCUCUCCUAACAUUCAGAAUACCCCACUACAGCCUAAACCCAUCUCUAAAAUCCCCACCAAACUCCUAAGUGCAGCUGAAAUGGCAGCUAGAAGGGAAAGGGGCUUAUGCUACAACUGUGAUGAAAAGUUUGUCCCUGGACACAGAUGCAAAUACAAAAUAAAUUAUAUGAUCAUGGCAGAAGAAGAGGAACUGGAACACUUGCAUUUUGACAGUACAGAAGAUGGCACAGGGCUAAAUGAGGAAAGUCUGGGUGAAGAAGCUUUGAUAUCACUGAAUGCCAUGAUGGGAGAAGGUGGGCCUAAUACCCUCAAAUUCUUUGGUUACUAUGGGGGUCAGAGGUUACUAAUAUUGUUGGAUACUGGCAGCACCCUAAGUUUCAUCAAAGAAUCAACAGCAAAACAGUUGGGGUGUCAAGUUUCUGAGGCAAAAUCAAUUGUGGUGAAGGUAGCUAGUGGGCAGAAACUGAAGAGCUCAUAUAUAGCAGAUAAUUUCACUUGGAGAAUGCAAGGAAGUAACAUUACCUAUCCUCUGAGACUCCUUCAGAGUGAAGGCUGUGAUGUAAUUCUAGGGGGGGAUUGGCUCAGAUCAUGUACCCCAAUUGAGUUGGAUUAUAAGGCAAUGACAGUAACUGUGAGUAUUGGGGGCAAAAGAAUCACUCUACAAGCUCUUAAAAAGGGGGCAGAGGGUCAUCUGAUAUCUGGAGAAUCACUGCAUCAACUAAUGUAUGAUGCUGGUGGGGAUCAAAUUGAGGAAUUGUACCUCCUAACAACAGAACCAGCUACCCCAGAGUUGGAACCUAGCCUAGCAUCACUCCUGCAAGAAUUUGAGGAAGUUUUCCUUGAACCCCAAGGAUUACCUCCUGAGAGGGGAGUUGAGCAUCAAAUAAUACUGAAGCCAGGUAGCACCCCAAAGUUUCAAUACCCCUACAGAACAUCACAUGAUCAAAAAGAUGCCAUUGAGGAGAUAGUCAGGGAACUUUUGGAAGCUGGGGUAAUUCAGAACAGCAAAUCACCCUUUGCCUCCCCAGUACUUUUGGUGAAGAAGAAAGAUAUGACCUGGAGGUUAUGUGUUGACUUUAGGUAUCUAAACAGCCUUACAGUCAAACAUGAAUAUCCUAUUCCUGUCAUUGAAGAAUUGCUUGAUGAGUUGUGUGGGGCUAGGUAUUUUUCUAAGGUGGACUUGAGAUCAGGGUAUUUCCAAAUCCUAAUGAACAAGGAACACAGGUUUCUCACAGCUUUUAGAACUCACAGUGGACACUAUGAGUUCUUGGUUAUGCCUUUUGGCCUUUGCAAUGCCCCUGCUACUUUUCAAUCUCUAAUGAAUCAGGUUUUUUCAGACUGUUUGAGGAAGUUU